GACAAUUGUUUACGUGACAGGUGGUGAGCGGCGCGGGGAAAACAUGGCUGUUAAUGCAUCACCAUUUUUUCGAAGGAUGAUGAUAUGGUGUGUUUUAACAACGAUCAUAUGCUUCUUCUUUACGACAAUGGACACAACCAAAUGGUUUGACAACUCUCAGCUUCGAGGGCAAAUAAUUUACGAAUUUGCCUCAUGGCGUACGAUUCCCAUGAACGCAUUAGAAAAAAUGAAUGAGUAUCUUAAACUCACUGACUUCAAGGAUUUCAUAUCGCUGGCGAACAUAACAACAUCAGUGAUAAAUACGAGGAAGGACAUAAGUUACGUCAGAGUCGGAGAUGAAAUCAGAGUGGACAUUGUGUUGUACAACGGAAGAGGCGAGAGGUUUACAGUGGGAGGAGACAUGCUCAGGGUAUGGCUUCGGGAACAUUCUCUUCGCGCUUCCGUUUCCGGUCAUGUGAUUGAUCACGACAACGGAUCAUAUACAGGGAUCGUCAAAGUUUUGUGGGUUGGCAAUCCAGAACUGAUGAUUUCUAUUGCAAAUACGAAAGAACAUAUUGGAAUUUACUUAAAUAAUGUUCAUACAUAUGGAUUAAUCACGUUCCUAAAAGCAGGAUUUGAAAGAAACAAGCUGACGGAGUCCACUUUAUGUAGCGUUGUCCCAAAUAUCCCCGAUGUGAAAGAGUACUGCAACUUUACAGCGCAGAACUUCAACAUGUCGUUUUUUUGUGGUAAACCGAUCAAUCUUAGCUGCUCAGACUGGAGUGUGUACGAGCGGACGGAUAUACACUCAUGUUACAAAAAACAUCAAUCAUUAUUUCUACAACAUAAGAAUUUCAAGAAAAGAGUAUCAACGCUGAAUGUAUAUUCUGGGUUUAACUUUAUAAAAGGUUCUCACGUGUCGUGCCACGACCUCAACAGUACCGUCACAUGGCAGACAAACAACCCGACCGGCUACUUCUACAAAGGUCAAUGGCGGUCUCUAGUAUGUAGGCCCUCACUCCGAUGGAGGUACGAAUCCUACCUGAAGUGUCUGAAGAACCGCCCUGUACUAAUGACAGGUGAUUCUACAACACGGAAUUGGUUUUCGCCCUUAGCCAAAUUGUUGAAUCUACACAUACUUGUCGGUAAUCGUGAAAUAAAGGACAAAGCAUGGCAGAAGUUUUCUGAGGCUGUAGAUAAUGAUACAGCGAUAUCAAUGUACUGGACUCCGCACGAAAUUCCAUUCUACAGCCAUGAGCAAAACAAAAAUAACUUUCGAUCGGUAGCCUCCAGAAUAGACGAAUUGCCCGGAAAUAAAAGCGCCAUUGUUGUGUUACAUUGGUAUGGCCAUUUAACGAGGACAACUCCGGAACAGUACCGAGAGCAUGUCCAGAGUGCUAAGAAAGCUGUGGUUCGACUUCUAAGACGAUCUCCUCAUUCAAGCAUUUUUAUUAAGGGUCCUCACUCCUACACAUAUGGUAUUUUUCUAGAACCAUUCGAUUACUUAAGCAGAAUUUUUGAACAGAUCCUGUAUGAAGAGUUCAAAGAUUUGCAACAUAAAGUAUAUUAUAUAGAUCAAUGGGACGCCACGGUAGGAAAUGAAAAUGUACACAUACAUCCUACUUUCCCGUCCUUUUACCAAAUAAUGAUCAACUUCGUCUUCUCAUUUAUAUGCAAAAUUUGAUCUACAUAACUGCAUGCUGCAUUUAUUUUUAUACUAAAAGUUGAGACAAGUGUAGGUAGAGACAAAUACGAAAAUAUUCUGUUCAUAUCACUGGUUACCUAGCCUUUGACAGUGGUAUGUUUAUAAUAAUAAAAUGCAGCGUCGUAAUGAAGAAAAACCACGUGAGCGAUAUAUAACUGUAAUGUUUUCAAUUUAAGAUGCACAAUUCAAAUGUGUUUCGUUUCUUGUCUUAUCUUUAAUAGAAGCCAUUAAGUCUACGGUCAUUAUCUAAUUUUUUCACCUUCAAUACAUUGACCUUCAUUCGAGAUAAAUGAGUUCAAACUGUAAAUGACUUCGUAUAACAAACAGUGCAGCCAAUAGUCAAUAUAUUAAGUCUGUACCUUGCUGUAGAGAAAGACCCACCGUCGUGUCAAAAUAAAUCGUCAGUAUUCACUGAAUCUUCAUGUCGCUAUAUUGUAUAGUAAUAUCUCUAUGUGCAUGGCUGAAUCGGUAUAUAGCUUUUGUUGUGUAAUUGUUCUCAAAAUAAACUCUGUAUUGUGUGAAAGCAUACCCGCGUUUGUAUAGAUUUAAAACAAUAACUAUACACUGUUUUGCAUUUAUUGAAAUAAUUUAGCUGCCUUAGCACAAAACAUGAAUGAUGACAUCAUCUUGCAAACUCUAUGUAACAGGAACUCUCAUCAGAAAAUCAACUAAAGCUAUAUGGUGUGAAAAGAAGAAAAUCAAUGAAGUUUCACGUGCAACAACGGAAUCAUCUGGCGACGGGAAACUUAAUGCAUAUCAUAGUCUAUUGGUAAAAGCAGGUUGUUAUGCUUAUGAGUAUUUUAAUCAGGAUAGUACGAUUAUUUAAGAAAUAAUCAAUGUAUAUGCGUUUAUUAUGUAGGAAUAUAUCAUGAAUAGAAUGCUAAAAAAAUGCAAAAAAAUAAUAAACGAACUCCGUUUGCGGCCUGAGCUGGUCAUUUUUCCAAUAUUUUCGAAUCUGAGAUGUAUCUCCCAUCAUAAUAUACAAAUAUAUGUUGAUCAUAUAUCUACCUGUAAC